AGAUAUUUUAGAUAUUAUCACUGCUUUCGCGCCAUGGCUUCCACCGGGUUCGCGAACCCGCAAAAUCCAAAUGAAGGGGUGAUGCAGUAUGGCGGGGCCUACGGUAAGCCGUGCUUUUCUUUCUUUACUUUGUUAGCGGUCAUGCGGGUGUCAAGCUGGGCCAAACAUGAUAUCAGCCGGGAGAAUGGGCAGCUUGUCCUGGAUCAAUUGGGUGCAAUUCCAGCGCGAUGGACCGCUGGUGCCGAGCCACUACGUCAAGGAAGCUGCUCUUUCGGACACUUGAUAUUGUGCAUGGUUGAGCCACUGACUGCUGUACCGUCCGUGUUGGAUCGUUUUUUUUUCUCUUGCGUUCUCUUACAGUACCAAGCUAAUUCCUUUGCGCCAACGUUCUCCCCCACGGAUGGUCGAGUCGUCGUGGCUUCUCCGUCGAGCUCAUGGUUAUCCGAUCAUGGGCUGGAUGGAUGGAUGCGCAGACAUUCGACGCCGUGGAAGGAGUCGUAA